AUGGAGGAUGAAAACACAGCCGACACGAUGGAUUUCGGUUUAUUUUCAAUAGGCAGUUUUACGGAUGUAUAUGGUCCGGACCUGGACGAAUUCGGCGAUGACGAGUUUGACUCAAUCCUGGCAAAUGUAACCAGUUCAGAAAUCACAGAAAGUGCCUUAGCAGAGCAGAUUACAUGUGCACCAACCAUGCCUAAGGAGAAAGAAAUAAUUGGCGUUGGGAACUUGAAUACGGACACAAGGGAUGCAAAAGAAAAAACUUCAGGAAAAAGCCAAGGCCGCUUCGCAGCAAUAGAUGAAGCUGACCUUGAUUCAAUUUUCUUGGAUGGCCGACCCAAAUCAACCCUACGGACAACACACUGGGGAGUUAAGAUUUUUCAACAAUGGCUCACACAUCAUGAAAUAUCCAGUAACUUUGAAGCACUUCCAAAAGAACAACUGGCGUCACACCUCCGACACUUUUAUGCGGAACUUCGCACUACUGAGGGAAAAUACUAUUCAAAGUCUUCUUUCGUCGGCAUCCGAUCGGCGAUUCACAGACAUCUGAGAUCUCCUCCGUUUGAAAGAAACAUCAACAUUUUGCAGGACAUUGCGUUUCAUAGUGCCAACAAUGUAUUCCUAGGAAUGCUAAGGAAAAUUAAAACACUUGGUCUGGACAAUGCACAACACCACGAACCCAUCUCACAGGCAGAUCUUGCAAAAAUUAGAAAUUCUCUAUCUGUCGACACACCACUUCAGUUACAAAGAAAGGUGUGGUUCGAUUUAACUUUGGGCUUUGGUCGCAGGGGGAAUGAGAAUCAGCGUGAUUUAACGAUUCAUUCAUUUGCUGUAGAAUCCGAUGAUGUAGGUAUGGAGUUUUAA